AUGUUUUCUGUUAUCUUCAUCUUUAGAGGAUUACUAGGUAUGUGUGAGUGGACUCGAAAAUUAAAACUCAAAAUUAAAGUAAUCUUCAAGAAACUCACAUUCACAGUAUUCACAUUAUUCUUAGAUAUUUUCUAUAUUCCUCUUUUAACGUAUUUCCUCCAAAUGAUUUAUAGUACAACUGUACAAUGUCCAGAAGGAUAUUACUGGGGUUCUUAUCGAGGUAAUGAUCUAUUACGAAAAGAUCAAGCUCAUUGUAUUCCAUGUUCUAAUACAUUAAGGUAUAAUUAUCCAGGAAUAGAGCAAUUUACUAAUAAUAUUAUAACUGUUAACAACACAAACUCUAUUUUGAAAAUGUUUACAAAUUUCAUGUCAGAUAAUCCAAACAUUUAUAAGGAAACGCAUGGUACAUUAAAUCUAACAAUCGAUCAAAUUGAAUAUGCAAUCAGAAUGUGUCCUCAUAUAUGUGGUGGAAAUCCAAUUCGUGUUGUUAAAUCUCAGCCAUCUAUUUAUUUUGAUGAAGAAAUUGUAACAUAUUGGAUUUUUUAUUUUUAUUGGGCUGUUGCAUUCAUUAUGAUUGGAUGCCCUGCUUUAUACUUUGUUUUGAUAUACAGAGCAAGAAAACAAUUCAAAACUAUUGCAGCUUAUGGAGAUUCUAAAGAAUACAGGUGGCAUUGCUUAAUGUCAAGAGUUGAAACUGUUGGAGCGAAGUUCUGCAAAGAUUUAACUUAUUUCAAUCCAUAUUGGUCAAUUGUGAAAAUUAUCUAUAAGUUCCUUGUAUUACUCGUUACAACUUUAGCAAAUCUUGCACACAAAAACAUCAUUGGAUGCCUCCCUGUUUUACAUAUUUUGAUGUUUAUUUUGACAUUAGUAAGAAAGCCAUAUUUCGCAUUUCUCAACAACUUAGUUGAUAUGAUAUUAUAUAUAACUAAUGCAGUCGUCGGAAUUGUUGCAGCAAUCAAUGCUGCCAAACCACUUCCAGCAAAAGUCAACUCGGUAUUUGUCGUCAUUGCAGAUGUUGUUGGCGUUCUUGCAACAGUUGGCGCAAUUGUUGCCAGUAUGCUUGAUAAAAAGAAACUUGUUGACCCAACAAGGCUUUCUGAUAAUGAUAAAAUACGAAUCAAAAGAGAAGAAGAAAAGAAGGCUGCAGAAGAAAAAGAAAAGAAAAAGAAGAAGAAAGAUGAAGACAAAGAAAGUGAUGAAGAUAAAAAUAAAGUUAAUAAAGGAAAAGAUGCAAAAGAAAAGGAUAAAAAGAAGAAUUCUAAAAGAAAACACUCUCAUCCAAAAAAGGGCAAAGAAGAUGAUUUAUUGGAUAAUUCAUCUGAUGAAAGUAAUGAUGAUGAAUCAUAUUCCAAGAAGAGUAAGAAACAUAAAGAUGAUAUGAGUGAUUUCAGUUACAGCGAUGAAGAUGAAAAAUCAAAAAGUAAUUCGAAAUCAAAGAAGAAAGAGGAAAUUAUCGAAGAUGAUAAUGUUGAUAAAGAUGAAAUCUCCGACACUGAAAAUAUUAAAGAAAACAAAGACAAAUCAGAUGAAAAGAAGAAUAAAGAUGACAAAGAUAAGAAAGAUGACAAAGAUAAGAAAAAGAAGAAGGAUCCAUUGGAAGGUGAUACAGAUGUUGGUCCAAUUCAAAUACAAAAGAACUUGAUUAAACCAGUUGAUGGACUGAAUGAAGUUAUUGAUGAAGACCUUUAUGGUGAACGACUUGAUAUAAGAAAAAGAUUUACUCUCCUAUAUCAAGCUUGUGAUUUGAGUAUUGAUAGUGUUGAGUUUUCUAUAUUAACACGAUUCCUAAGAUACAUGAGCAUUAUGGGAGUCAUGAUAGCACUUCCUAUGUUUUUGUCUGCAAGUCGUGAAGAUUUUUAUUGUGUCGAAUUUAAGAAUUGGUUUGAAGCCCAUCAUUAA